UUCUAAAUAGGUCACGGUAUGAUUUGUUUUCAGGUUUCAGUGCGGUGUUGGUGUGCCGUGAUUUGGCUUUAGCGAGUGUAGCGCACUAAGCCAGUCCGUCGGUCGCCCAUCGCUCGCACACUCGUUCGGCGCGCAACGCACUGCGUCCGCCCGCCCAAAUCACGCGAUUUUCUUAAACUAUAUAAUACAUUCUAAAAAAAAGUUGUUUACGUGUGGACUGUUUUUCUUUAAAUCUGUGACGCAACAAGGAUGCCCACUAUGCAAAGCUUCAUGGACUUUUGAGCUGAAUUGGAAAGCCUAAAUUUAUAAAAAGUGGUGGCUCGCACGACGGAUGAGGACGAGCUGCACGACGGCAGCGGCGAUGUCGCGCUGACCGGCUACCCCUUCGUCAUGAACGACCUGUAUGUGGACGCGCGCAGAAUGCAACUCUACCCCCACCCGCAUAUGCACCCCACGGAGCUGACGGUGCAGGCCCUGUCGUCGCACGAACUACUGAAGCCCAAGGACGAGCCGUCUUACACCCUGGCGCCAAGCUCCACGCUUUGCUCGGUGGAACUCCAUCACCCAGGUUCUUCCCCGUACGAAAAUCGGCUAUGUCUUCAAGAGAACAAUGGCCCGGACACAUCGAAUUCUCAAAGCGUGAAGGGUGACGAGGAGCUGUCCAGAGUUUACCAAACUUUGAACAUGCAACCACUCUCGAGAGAAGAGAACACCAGUUCUAAUAACAGUAGCGAAACUAAAAGCAAGUCAAAAUCUGCGACUCCGGCCAGCCCCAGCCGCUCGGAGAUGAAGCCCCAGUCAACCACCACGUCGCAGGCCCUCACCAAGCCCCCCUACUCCUACGUUGCCCUCAUCACCAUGGCCAUCCACAGCAGCCAGUCUAAGCGUGCCACGCUUAGCGAAAUAUACGCGUACAUCACCAAGGAGUUCCCUUUCUUCGAGAAGAACAAGAAAGGCUGGCAGAACUCCAUUCGACACAAUUUAAGUCUCAACGAUUGCUUUAUCAAGGUUCCAAGAGAAGGCGGGGGCGAGAGGAAAGGCAAUUACUGGACUCUUGAUCCCCACUGCGGUGACAUGUUUGAGAACGGGAACUAUCGUCGCCGACGCAGGAUGAAGCGGCCGUCGAGGGCCACUCCGUACUCCAAGUCGAUAUUCGGAGACGCGUACCAUGUAGCCCACGUGGCUCAGCAUGUGCCUCCCCAUAUGCAACCGCUUCCGUUGGGCGGGAGAAACUACUUUGGAGCUACGUCUCCUUAUCCGCCGUCUUACCCGAGAUAUGACACGGCAUGGUUGUCUCCCUCCAGCGCCGGACUGGGCUACGGCGGCGCGUGCGGCGGCGUUGGCCGCAGCCCGCCCGGCUGCUCUCCGCACACCGCACUGCCGCACCAGUCCUCGCCAGUGUCGCUCAACCCGUUCGCAUCGCAUCAGCUUCAGGGUCAGAUACAGAGUUCCCUGCAACCGAUGCAGUCAAUGCCAAUGAACUACAACACUAUAGGUGUCACUUCUUUGGACGGAUCUCCAAGCCCCGGACCAGGCUAUGCGCACUCCUCAGGCGGAUUCUCACCGGGCCGACACCAUGACGUUGUCACCUCGUCUGACACCGCCGUCACUAGAUUCCCCUUUUGGACAGAAGGAGGAUCCCCGAGCCCUAACCCAGGCUACGUGCCGUCGAGCAACUACUCGCCCACGCGACGACACGAGGCCGUCACGUCUUCCGACGCGGCCUCCCGUUUUUCGUUCUGGCCUGAAGCCGUCGGUGUCAAAGAAGAGGCGUCGACGAGUCUCAUUACCAACGCCGCGCCCUACUCCAAAUGUUUCAUGUGAGAUCAGAGCAAAGCGAGAAACUCACAACACUACUAUCCUGGCCCUUUUAUGUGAUGUAAUCUUUAUUUACAAUAAUCUGCGGCCUGCUUUACGAAAGCUUCGAACUUGUAAAUCAAGCAGAAGACCCUAUCUAAUAAAAAUAGUUAAAAAGAGACUUCCAUUACCUAAUAUUAAGUUGCAAUUUUCGAAAAGCGGGCCCUGAUGAUUUAUUUACAUAUUUAUAUUACUUAUACCCACAAUCUCGUGUGAGUUUAUAAAUGUACACUUUGUACUCUUGUUUUUGGACGGAAUAGGAAAAUGAGCGUAUUUGACGUCUAAUGCAAAGAAAGUUAGAAGCUAAACUAAUUAUUUUCAUGUUUCCAAGACUUUUUCAUGCUGUUAUUUCGUGGUUCGUUUUCGGGAUUUACAUAAACAUUCGUGUAACAUCGCUUUCCUUAACGGCAAACUAAAGUGACACAACCACAAUACGCAAACACAAACCACGAAAUAAAUUGUUCAGUUUAAAUAUGGUAAUAUGAAGUUUAAUUAAAGUUUUGAGUGAUGUGAUUUGAUAACAAGGGGGCAUAUAUUAUAACAUUUAUAACAGGAUAGAAAAAUUAAAUCUUAUGUUUAAUGUGUAGUUAACUGUUAAAACGAUAAGGUAAUAUAAUGUGUAUAUACAAUUCUAACGUUAAACGUGCAUUUAAAUGUGUAAGUAGGGGAAAACAGAUUUGGGGUAUUUCGCUACUUGAUUAAAUGUGUUUAAUGUAUUCUAUGUAUGUCGUAAUAUUCGUUGUUUAUUCGUAUAAUAAACUGCAUAUUAGAAUUAAAAGAAAUCAGAUUGUUAACAUGUAAACCACACAUCGUUGCUAAAAACGCUGUACCUAAACUAACAACUUAUUUACUUCACGGACAUAUUUGUCUAUCCCACCGUUCCUUUAGGCAGAUAUUCGUAUUUCACUGAAAAAAUGUUGAUUAUAGUUAAUUAUUUAAGUAGAGAGAAAUAAGAUGGGCAGGCUCAACUGCGUUGAACGACUAUAUUCCACCCGUCAUCGUUACUGUCAAGUCUCUGUCGUUACAGAGUUCAAAAUGUAUGCGGUGAAGGAAAAAGGUUAUCUGUGUUCUAAAGGAUUUUUUUAAACAAAAAUUUGUUUGCUCUUUUCUUAAUCACUAUUUAGAACUGAUAGAUCAAUAUUUUUAUAUGUAACGAUGCGUUACGAAUCUAAAAAUAUAUAAAAUAAAACACACUAAAUUAUGACGGUCACGAAAAGACGAUUCGGGACAUUUUUAUUAUUGUUUAGAUCUAAACUGCUAACGAUUCUGAAUUCGAAGAAACUAAAAAUUUAAGGCUCCGAAAUUAAAUGACUAUUGUACAAAAAUUUGAAUUGAUAAUAUUUCUCGCUCACAUUUGUGGAAACUGAAGAAUUUCUACAUACGCUUUGAAUUUAUACAUAAAUUUCAUAUCAGUUCUUUAGACAACCACAUGUCUGACAAGAAAUUGUAGAAAUUAAAAAGUGGCAAUACUGUAGUGUUGUCCCUAUCAAAUCAAUUUAAGAAAACGGGACGACACUACAGUAUUGCCACUCUUUAAAUUCUACAAUUUUUUGUCGGACAUUUACGCCAAAAAUGUGACGAUUACGUAGGAAGUGGCGCCCUCAAUAAUUGUCUACAAUUUGUUGUCGGACUAUUAUAAAUGUGACUUGUUUUUGAUGUGAUUUGAUAUUUGUAAAAGAGGACUGUACUAUUUCAAUGAAUCUAAGAUAAAGAUUAGAUGUAAGAAGUAAAGUUACAGCCCGAAUUUAAAAAAGUAGAAUUGUUAUCUACAUUAGGGUUAUUCAUCUUGUUAUGUGUGUGUACAUUAUUAUUUACUGUUAUCGAAUAAAACGUGUUUCUUGGCAGGUUGCAAGUAAUGGCGGUUUUGUAAUAUAAUUAUUUAACCCAGCAGUAAUUGUCAAAAAAAAAAAAUUGAUUGAAAAAGAACAAAACAGGAGCGAUUUCCAAAUUUAUUGUACUUAUUUAUUGCAAAAUUAACUUUUUUUCAGUUUUGUUAAUCUUAACCGUCAGCUGUAUCGAUCGAAAAAACUUCAUAUUGAAAAGUACACUGCGGAAAGGAAAAUAUUAUGAUCUUUCCCUUAAAGGGGCCCACUGACUAUCAGUCCGCCGGACGAUA